UUUAGCACUAAUGUUAAGCACAUGCUGCAGAAGAAAUGCAUGGCUCUCUGAAAAUAACCUCAAUAAAUUGUGUACCUUUAGUUAAGAGUAACUUCUUUGAAAACAACAAGAAGGCAAUGUAAAUUCCUGUUAUGAAGUAUUUGCCAAGCAAAACUUACAGCAUCUACUACAGAGAACUCACAGAUAAUGUCACCAGCAUCACUCAGAAAUCCCUUUGUCCUGACGAAAAAGAGGAUGUGCCAAUAGGAGUAGUACUCAUUGUGGAAAAUCCCAGAACAAACAUACUUAACGACUUAGCUGCUGGUGCUGCUCAGACUUAACACCAACGUAAAGUCAAACACAACUGCCUCGGAGACCCGUGGACAGGAGAAAAGAGCACUGUCAUAAGGAGAAAUUUAAGCGAGUCACUUCAUCUUGUCACUACUGCUAGAUACACAUGUGAAGAAAUACAAUCAGCGCUUCCAGGGAGGAUGCUUGGACAUGAGAGACAGAACCCACAAUGGCAGAGAUUUAUGUGAAAGACUUGGUUGAACACCACUUGACUAUUAAAUGCUGAAAGCAGAAGGCCCUAGCUGAUAGCUCACAUUGGAGCAAAAAAUUAUUUUAAACUUCAAAAAUAAUUAUGUCAAAGAAAGGUCGUGCCAAGGGAGAUAAGCCGGACAUGGAUACUGAAGCUCUGCAAGCUGCUAAUGAGGAGCUACGAACUAAACUAACCAACAUUCAGAUAGAAUUUCAGCAAGAAAAAAGCAAGGUGGGUAAAUUGAGAGAGAAAAUCCAAGAGGUUAAGCAAGAAAGGGAGCAGGAGCAGCACAAGCACACAGCCUAUGUUUCUGAACUGAAAGCUAAGCUCCACGAAGAGAAAAUGAAGGAGCUUCAGAGUGUCAGAGAGCUGCUGAUCCGGCAGCAUGAGCAGGAAGUAGCGAGAAUGGUGAAAAUCAAAGACAGUGAAAUUCAGCGUUUGCAGUCAACAGUAAAUGUCCUACGAGAUGGGGCAGCUGACAAGGUGAAGACCGCGCUGCUGAGUGAGGCGAAGGAGGAAGCUCGCAAGGCAUUUGACGGUGAACGAAUGAAGUUGCAACAGGAGAUCUUGGAGCUAAAAUCUGGUAAAAAGCAGCUUGAAGAAGCUUUGAACAACAUCAUGCAGGCAGAUAAAAUGAAGGCUGCUGACCUGCGCAUGGCUUACCAAUCCCAUCAGGAUGAGAUUAAUAGAAUAAAGCGUGAAUGCGAGAGGGAUAUCCGCAGGCUGAUGGAUGAGAUAAAAGGCAAAGAUAGAGUGAUUCUGGCUCUGGAGAAAGACCUUGGCAUCCAGGCAGGACAUACACAGAAACUCCUCCUUCAGAAAGAAGCUCUGGAUGAGCAGCUUGUCCAAGUGAAGGAGGCAGAGCGGUAUCACAGCAGCCCCAAGAGAGAACUUCCUGCUGGAGUGGGGGACAUCACUGAGUUGAUGGGAAGCCCGGAGCAGCAUUUGGAUGAACGAGAUGUGAGGAGAUUUCAGUUGAAAAUCGCUGAACUGAAUGCUGUAAUAAGGAAGCUGGAAGACAGAAAUACUCUCUUAGCAGAUGAAAGAAAUGAACUGCUGAAACGUUCUCGGGAGACAGAAAGUCAGCUAAAGCCUUUGGUUGAAAAAAAUAAGAGGAUGAGCAAAAAAAAUGAUGAUAUGAUGCAGUGCAUCCAGAGAAUGGAAGAAAAAAUAAAAAAUCUAUCAAGGGAAAAUGUAGAAUUGAAAGAGAAGUUAUCUGCACAACCAGUGCUGAAGAGGCACACGUCUUUAAAUGAUCUUAGCAGCACACGGGAUGAACAAGAAAUUGAAUUUCUUAAACUGCAAGUCAAAGAAAAGCAGCAUGUUAUUGAUGAUCUCACAGUGGAAAGAGAACGACUAUUACGAUCUAAAAAGCAGAAGAAGAAAAUUCUGAAGCCUCAAAAGAGGCAUGUUGUGGAGACAUUUUUUGGAUUUGAUGAAGAAUCCUUAGAUUCAGAAACAUCAUCUAUAACUUCAUAUAACACAGAUAAAACAGACAGGACACCAGCAACACCAGAGGAAGAUUUGGAAGAUAGCACACCUAAAGAAGAAGCUGAACUAAGAUUCUGCCAGCUAACAAGAGAGUAUCAAGCUUUGCAAAGAGCAUACGCAUUGCUUCAAGAACAAGUUGGCGGAACCCUGGAUGCAGAGAGAGAAGCAAGGACUCGUGAACAACUGCAAACCGAUCUUCUCCGAUGUCAGGCAAAAAUUGAGGACCUGGAGAAAGCUCUAAUUGAGAAAGGACAGGAUUCAAAAUGGGUAGAAGAGAAGCAAUUGCUAAUCAGAACAAAUCAGGAGUUACUAGAGAAGAUUUACAGGAUGGAGCAAGAAGAGCAUCAGCUGAAGAAUGAGAUGCAAGAUGCAAAAGACCAGAAUGAGCUGUUAGAAUUCAGAGUGCUAGAGCUUGAAGAGAGAGAACGAAGGUCGCCAGCGUUUAAUCUUCACAUAACCACCUUCCCUGAAAACAAUGGAAGUGCACUGCAACUGUUCUGUCAACAUGAAGGAAUAAAGGAUGUGAAUAUAUCAGAACUCAUGAAGAAGCUAGAUAUUCUUGGAGAUAAUGGGAAUUUGAGAAAUGAAGAGCAGGUUGCAAUAAUCCAAGCUGGGACUGUACUUUCUCUCUGUGAAAAGUGGUUAAAACAGAUCGAGGGGACAGAAGCUGCGCUGACACAGAAGAUGUUAGACCUGGAGAAUGAAAAGGACCUGUUCAGUAAACAGAAGGGUUAUUUAGAGGAAGAACUCGACUACAGAAAACAAGCGCUGGACCAGGCAUACAUGAAAAUCCAGGAGCUGGAAGCCACGCUGUAUAAUGCCCUGCAGCAGGACCCGGGAAGGCGGGCGAGCGAGUCGCUGACCGAAGCCCAGAGGGAGGAUUUGCGGGCUGCUGUGGAGAAGGUGCGGCGGCAGAUCCUGAGGCAGAGCCGUGAGUUUGACAGCCAGAUCUUGCACGAACGAAUGGAGCUGCUGCAGCAGGCCCAGCAGAGGAUUCGAGAACUAGAAGAUAAAAUAGAACUUCAAAAAAGGCAACUUAAAGAAAUUGAGGAAAAGCAUUCAUUCUGUGGCCUUGAUGACACAACCAAGCCAAGACAUGUGGUUAUUAAAAGAACAUAUGGAGUGAACAGCUGAGUCCACAUGCAAAAAUAUAGAAAAUAUUUAUUGAGCAGCUUUAAAUCGGUGCAUUUUUUUCAUAAAACUGUUUGCAUAAUACUUGAAGCUGCAAAAUAUUUGAACUUAAAAUUAGACAUUUUUUAAAGCUAUAGCUUCAAGCUGGAAUGAUUUGAUAAUCAAACAGGGACCAGCACAUCAUACACACUGAAAAAAAGUACAAAGAGAAUUUACACUCACACACCAAUCAAACACUGGAAAAAAAAAAAAACAAGUGCAAUUACUGGAUGCUAUGUGAACUGUUCUCUACCAAAUAGUUUUCUUACAGUACUGAGAUCUUUGUCUCCAUACUGCAUGCUUUCAACAAAUGUCGUUUGCAUUUCACACAGAUAACACAAAAUCUCCUUUUUAGUAUCCAUAUAAAAAACAUAAGUGUUUGACAAUAAAUUCUCUGUGGUAAAUAUCUGACAGGUAAAAAAAAAAAGCAAAAAAACAAAAAAAAAAAACCAAAAA